GGAGAGGUGUUGUAGGAGAGGUUGGAAUAGAGGGGAUGGAUUCGGUCGGUGAGCGAGAUGUUUCUGAGGUCCAGAGAAGGAAGAAGCGUUUCUACCGGCACACAUCCCAGCAGAUUCAGGAGCUCGAAGCGAUGUUUAAGGUGUGUCCACACCCGGACGAGAAGCAACGGAUGAAGCUGAGCCGAGAUCUGGGGCUGGAGCCCCGGCAGAUCAAGUUCUGGUUCCAGAACAGGAGGACCCUGAUGAAGACACAGCACGAGAGGUCGGACAACUGCUCACUGCGGGCUGAGAACGACAAGAUACGGUGCGAGAACAUCACCAUGGAAGAGGCUCUCAAGAGAGCCGUCUGCUUGUCCUGCGGCGCCGGCCCGCCCCCCGACAACCCCUUCUUCGACGAGCAGAAGCUGCGGAUGGAGAAUACACGCCUGAAGGAAGAGGUAGAUCGCCUCUCAGAAAUUGCAUCGAGGUACUUAGGCAGGCCUAUCACUCAACUUCCUUCGAGUCAGCGACUAUCGGUCUCACAAUCUGAAGUGUCCGUAGGAACCUACUAUAAUCCAGGGAUUAGCUCUUCCCUUGAUCUCGGCCUCUUGUGCCAGAGUUCCUCUUCUGUUUUAUCGAACCCUUCUCCCACAACUAUUUCUGAUCUCGAGAAACCUAUUAUGAUGGACAUGGCCUCUGCUGCCUUGGAGGAAGUGGUCAAGUUGAUUCAGACCAAUGAACCCCUCUGGCUGAAGUCAGCAAGUAUGGGGACAGAGGUCCUUCAAUCUGAAACCUACGAGAGGAUCUUUCAGAGACCGAGUCAGCAGCAGUUCAAGUUCUCAGAUACGCGAACCGAGGCAUCGAGGGGCUCAGCUUUAGUGAUCAUGGACGCAGCCACACUGGUUGAUAUGUUCAUGGAUUCUAGCAAGUGGAUGGAGUUAUUUCCGACCAUAGUUUCCAAUUCAAGGACCAUCGAUGUUCUUGCUUCUGGAACGUCAGGAACGAGGAGCGGAUCUCUACUAUUGAUGUAUGAGGAACUGCAGGUUCUGUCGCCGGUUGUUCCUACACGGCAUUUCUGCUUCCUACGAUAUUGUCAGCAAAUCGAUCCUUGUUUAUGGGUGAUAGCUGAUGUUUCGGUCAACUAUCCUAUGGACAGUCGUCAUCUCCCUUCUCCCCUGUCGUGCAAGCUUCCAUCUGGCUGCUUGAUUGAGGCUAUGCCCAAUGGAUACUCUAAGGUAAGUUGGGUCGAGCACGUACAGUUCCAAGAGAAGAACACAAUCCAUCGACUCUUCCGAGAUCUAGUAAACAGUGGAACUUCUUUUGGCUCAAAUCGAUGGCUCACCACUCUACAGAGAAUGUCUCAGAGGUUUGCGUGCCUGAUGUCAGCUGGACUUUCUACCAGGGACAUUGCAGGAGCGGUUCCCUCGGUCGAAGCUAAGAAGAGCAUGAUGAAGCUUGCCCACAGAUUGGUGAUGGACUUCUGUGCCAGUUUUAGUGCUUCUGUGGGGAAUAAAUGGACCAUGCUGUCCGGGAUAAAUGAUGAUCUCCGAGUCACUCUUCACAGAACAGAUUCCUCCCUGCCUCAUGGUGUUGUCCUCAGUGCAGCUACAUCAAUAUGGCUACCAUUGCCCAGGGACAGAGUCUUUAGUUUCUUGAAGGAUGAACAAAACCGACCUCAGUGGGACGUGUUCUCGAUCGGAAACAAUCUGCAAAAGGUUGCUCACAUUACAAACGGUUCAGAUCAAGGAAACGCAAUCUCUAUCCUUCGUGGAUUAAACUACACUCACAACAUGUUGAUACUCCAAGAGAGCUGCACUGAUGCAUCUGGCUCGGUCGUGGUGUAUUCUCCUAUUGAUCUACCGGCCAUGAACACUAUCAUGAGUGGUGAGGAUCCAUCCUACAUACACAUCUUGCCGUCGGGCUUCACCAUACUACCUGAUGGCAGCUUCGGUGUGGGAGGAGGAGCUUCAACCAGCUCUUGUCCAACGGGAAGGCCUUCGGGGUCGCUGGUUACUGUUGCAUUCCAAAUGCUGAUGAGCAGCUCUCCAGGUGCUAAACUGAGCUUCGAGUCAAUAGCCACAGUGAACAACUCGAUAAGCAAUACGAUUCAUCAAAUAAAGGCUGCCUUGAGCUGCCCCAGCGUCUAAUAAUCUGAAGACCAUUAAGAUCUCCCUCCUCUCUCUAAAAUUUCCAGUGGCUGCUUCAAGUUUUGAUGAGAUGGGGAGGGCAUCCUGUUGUGGCAUUCGGAAGAAGAUUAAAGCGGUCUUGUUUUGUUGGUUG